AUGACGCGUACGCCCCGCGUCGCGACUGUGGUGCCUUUGAGUCGCAUGAAUAAAAACAUUUGUCAUAGUGCCUUCACGGUAACGUUCCAGAUUUUCGAAGCUCGCAAGAACUUCAUCACUCCUUACUAUAGCGUAUGUUGGAUUCUUGUCGAUAAACCUGGAGAUGUUAUGGAUCGCAGUCAAGCACGACGGAUCAAUCAAAUGGUUUCAGACUUUGAAAAUCUUCCAAAUUCAGUCGGCCAGUACUCAACAAAGUUCUGGAUGAGAGACUACGAAGAUUUUCGAAAGCAAUCUGAAGAACUCGAUGUGCCCGAUGAAUUUGUGGAAGAACCGGAAGUUGCCAUAGAAUUCACCCAGAAUGGAAGUGCCCUGGUUCCGGCUAAGACGACAUCUGAAGGCAAUGAACUGAAGCAAUUUCUCGAUUGGCCGGAAUUUUCAUUUUGGAAAGGAUUUAUCCAACUGGAACACGUGAAUGGAGGAAGUGAAUACAAAGUAACCCGCUUCUUCUUCACCACCGCCUUCCACGGUGAAGACUUGAACGAAUGGUCAAACAGAGCACGACUUCUGAACCAAUGGCGAAGCGUUGCUGACAACUACUCCGAUCUUGGAGUAUCAAUUUACGAGGAGGAUGCAAAGUUUUUGGACUUGAUUGAAACCAUGGUGCCGGUCGCUACGCAAUCAGCUUUAUUCACCUUCAUCUCUAUGUUCAUCGUUGCUGCACUUUUCAUCUCUCAUCCUCCAACGCUAUUCGUCGCCACAUUUAGUAUCCUCAGCACAAGCUUA